CACACAUGGGGUCUGCAUGCAGUCUGUCCUGCAUAUCAAGUACCGCACAUUACUACAUCAGGCGUCGUUUGCUGCCACCCCGUCUUGUUCUGUCCACUAGAUUCACAAAUCACGUUCUGCACAUCUAAUGGAGGCCGAGAUACGUGCGAGAAGUGUCCUCUUGGAUGGCACGGAACUUACAUAACAUCAUCCUUGGACGCAAAUAUUGAACGGUGCUUUCAGUACUCAUCAAAACACAAGACAUGUGCCCUUGAUGACAACGCAUGGACAGAGCUCUCAAAGGGCAAACAUGGAAUGCCGUGCAGAUGUGACGAGGCGAGAUGUUACCAUGGAUCACCGUCAGAGUUUGGCUGUCUUUAUAGGGAGUGCGGGAAUGAUGCCGAGCUUGACCCAUACACUGGAGAAUGCAAACAGUGCGGACCACUGCGAUUCAAGAAGGAUGUAUGCGGCUAUUGUUUAGUAAAUGAAACAGCAUGGAGAUUGUCUGAGAAAAAAAGAAUCAAAUCAACAAACAAAGACAUAUCAGCAGAGCAAGAACAUAUCGAUUCACCGGACAUUAUUGCAGUUAUAACAGAUGUGCAUCGGAAUUCAGAACUAUAUCUCGUCGAUACCAAAGUAGUACCUUCAGAGCAAGCAUCGAGCCUUAGUGAAGAAGAUAAUCUAUACAGAACAUCAACCAGCAUUAAUGUGAAUGAUGAUCUAUAUAGAACACCAAACAGCCCUAGUGAAGAUGAUGAUCUAUAUAGAAAACCAACCAUCGAAAAUGUAAAAGAUGAUCUACACAGAACAGUAUUGUCUAUCGCUGUUGUAUUUCUUGUAAUACUGAACACAGUAUUGAUAGUCUUGCUGAUAAGAAGAAAUUUAAAAAAGAAACGCACACCAUCUCAAGUAAAACUCUUGAAAGAUUCUCAGCACAUAUCACAUUGCACCUGCAAGGGAAUCAAGGCCACUUUCGGCUGUCUGUUUUGCACUGUUGCUGUGUGUGAGUGUCGAUCAGUAUCUUUUGUAUAAGGUCUGAAAUGACGGCACGAAAAUCUAGGAAUCUGCCAUUGUUAGAUAACUGCUUGUCUAAGUGUAAGGUUUGAAAUUCAAACUAUUUAACCAACAGUGCUUGGUAUGGACCGUUCCAAGACGGUAACGCAUAUUAAACUAAUUUGGUUAAUUGCCUUACAUAUACGAUUAGAGGACGUAAACAAGAAUUUAUCUCCUGGUAAUCUUUCUUCAGUUUCAUCAUAUGCAUAUUGUUAAUGGUGCAAUAAAUGGACGAGAUUACUGCACUUACAACAAUGCACAUACAAAUGCUUGACAUACUUCCAAAACUUGAAACGCACUAAAUGAAAAGGUUACGAAAUGUAUCGGCAUUUAUUGUUUAAAUACCAUCGCGGAAGAAAAGUGGACCUACUUAUUGGGUGGAAAUAAUUCAAGUACGUUUUUAUAACAGAAAAGCAAAUACAUUUGCUAAGUCUACGAAUUGAGUGGAAAGCGCUUGCAGCUAUAUCAAAAUCAAAAAGGUAAAAGCUGGAGAAGGUCGCAAGAAACUGAGGGACGCUGCAAAAGUCUCUUAGUGAAAAUCCGCACCCAUGUCUGUAAGAUCACAUGGUCGCGUUAAAAUGCCUUAUUCCGAAUAUAUACGUGUUCAAUGUCAACAUUUUAUUUUUCAAUCUCUAACUUAAAUAUGUAUCUGAACGAGAUAUUUACAAAAAAAUACAUAUAUAAUCUUCAUAUGGGACAUCAAAUAGUGAUUCAAAUAUUCCUUUGAACAAUACAAUUUAUAGCGAAACAGAUUAUUAUAUAUCGACACGUAUUUGUAGUAUUUAACUAACUACGGAUCGAGAAUAUUCCUUAAAGGGACCGUCAUCCACGAAUGACGAAAAAUUAAAAGUUCUAAAAUACCGUUUUUUUACAAUUAUUAGUUUUUAUGUAUUGUCCUUUAUAAAAAUGAAAUGGUCUUAGACCGGACGGACUCGUAUGUCAUAGGAAAGAACAAACACAACAUGAUUGAUCGAAAAUGGGCAUUUAUUGUAAAAUGCCAUAACAUAGAUGAAAAUAUAUCAUGUUAUUUCCUAUACUGACAUAAUGGGCGGAACAAACACUGGCAAGGGGUUGGCCCGAAUGUACUUAAGGUAUGCGUUGGACUUCCAACGACCUAACUGCUGAAUCUGAGAGGCCGACAUGUUUUGGGAAUGGGCGUGCGUAGCCCCGCCAAUACGGAAAGAGUGGGAUGUAUAACGGUGCGGGCUUAAUUGCGAAGCAACAACACAGGUUCUAAGAUUUGACCUGAAGAAAGUGGCUGUGACAGGCUCCCCGUUAGCAAAUUUGAAAAGGGGGCCUGUAUCAGAGGGACACAACCGUAUGUAUUUAAAUAAUGCACGGACUGGGCAUAGCUGUUUGUUGGAUUGACUGGCUAGAGGAAUUGAGGUACAUUGACCCUUGGAAUGUUUGUAAUUACGGAUUGUAACGACUGCCGAUGAGAGUUUGGAA